UUUGAUUGUGAAAGAAAGCAGGAAGAAUAUAAGCGUAAAAUUCUUGUCCUUGUUCUGAUUCUUUCUUUGUGUUCUGUAAAAGAACUUUAAGAAAAAGAAAAGAAAAGACAAGGAAAUUGAGUUGCACGUGUGGCGUGAAUCUGGCGCGCACAAGGUUUACAAGUAACACGGCAUGUAGAUUUGGAAUGCGUCGCGCGCUUUCUCUAACCGGCAAAGUCUCCGCGUUUUCUAUAUUCUCACAAAUCUGAAUGCAAAACCUUUAUUAUUAAGUGCCCAGGCAGAUGAACAAAUCCAAUAUUUGUUAAAAUUAUUAUUACUGAUCUGUUUAAUCAAUGGAGAAUUGCCAACUCCAGGCUUUUGAUGUCAAAGAUCGCAGGCCAGAAGCUCUCGGCAACCUCAGAGUCCUUCCUGAUGAGCUCAUCUGUGCUAUUUUGGAGAAUCUUACUCCUCGAGAUGCUGCGCGUCUCGCUUGCGUCAGCAGUGUGAUGUAUGUCUUAUGCAAUGAAGAGCCACUCUGGAUGAGUUUAUGUCUUAAUAGAGCAAAUGGUCCGCUUCAGUACCAAGGCUCCUGGAAGAAAACUGCAUUGCAUUUAGAAAAUGUUCCAGAUGAAUAUAAAGAAUGCUGCGGAAGACCACGUGUAUUUGAUGGUUUCAGCUCCUUGUUCUUGUAUAGAAGAUUAUACAGGUGCCAUACCUCACUUGGUGGAUUCUCAUUUGAUACCGGAAAUGUAGAAAGAAGAAAUGACCUCUCUUUGGAAGAAUUCUCCCAUCAGUAUGAUGGGAGAAAACCGGUUUUGCUAGCUGGAUUGGCUGAUGAUUGGCCAGCGAGGAAUACAUGGACUGUUGACCAGCUGUCAAAGAAAUAUGGAGAUACAGCUUUUAAAAUUUCUCAGAGGAGCUCAAGGAAAGUUUCUAUGAAAUUCAAGGAUUAUAUCUCAUACAUCAACUGUCAGCAUGAUGAGGACCCCCUAUAUAUUUUUGAUGACAAGUUUGGUGAAACCGCACCAGGCCUAUUGAAAGACUACAGUGUGCCCCAUCUAUUUGAAGAAGAUUACUUUGAGGUCCUAACUAGAGAGCAGCGGCCACCCUUUAGAUGGCUUAUUAUUGGGCCAGAGAGGUCAGGUGCAUCUUGGCAUGUUGAUCCAGCACUCACCAGUGCCUGGAAUACUCUGCUAUGUGGCCGUAAAAGGUGGGCUUUGUAUCCUCCUGGUAGGGUACCUAUAGGUGUCACAGUACAUGUAAAUGACGAAGAUGGUGAUGUGAAUGUCGAUACUCCAUCCUCACUGCAGUGGUGGCUAGAUUAUUAUCCACUUCUUGCUGAAGAAGACAAGCCAAUAGAGUGUACGCAGCUACCUGGGGAGACUAUCUUUGUUCCAAGUGGAUGGUGGCAUUGUGUGUUGAAUCUCGAAACAACUGUUGCUGUUACACAAAACUUUGUGAAUUCGAAAAAUUUCGAAUAUGUAUGUCUGGACAUGGCACCUGGUUAUCGUCAUAAAGGAGUUUGUCGUGCUGGAUUGUUGGCUCUUGAUGAAGGAAGCUUGCAGGAUGUGGAAAGGAAUGUGGUGAAUGAUAAAGAUAGUCAGAGUUACGCAGACCUAACAAGGAAAGAGAAGAGGGUCCGAAUUCAAAAACCUAGAGAAGACCCAGAAUAUGAAAUGACAAUUGAUGGUGACUUUAAAAGUUAUGAGUGUUGGAGACAUGAUUUUGCAUACGAUAUAAAAUUCUUAGGCAAGUUCUUGGAUGAGGACAGGGACCACUACAAUUCCCCAUGGAGCCCAGGCAACUCUAUUGGACAAAGAGAAAUGAGGGGAUGGCUGUCCAAGCUUUGGGUCCAAAAACCAGAAAUGAGAGAGCUUAUAUGGAAGGGAGCAUGCCUAGCUCUAAAUGCUGGCAAAUGGUUGAAUUGCCUGGCAGAAAUUUGUGCAUUCCACAAUUUGCCUCCUCCCCAAGAUGAUGAGAAGCUUCCUGUUGGCACGGGUAGCAAUCCAGUAUAUCUCUUAGCUGACCAUGCAGUUAAAAUCUUUGUUGAAGGAGGUUUAGAAGCUUCAAUGUAUGGUUUAGGCACUGAGCUUGAGUUUUAUAGUGUGCUUCAUAAGGUGAACUCCCCUCUGAGAAAUCAUCUUCCUGAAACUUUGGCAAGCGGGAUCCUUUAUCUCGAUAAUGGAACUCACAGAAUUGUUCCUUGGGAUGGCAAAGGAGUGCCUAGCAUGAUAGAAAAUUGUGAUUUUAUUCCACAGAAAUUCAAAAACGAUGAGUUCCCUUUCGGCGUGUGGGCUAAGAAACAAUACGAAUGGAGAACAGCUGGAAUGUCAGUAAAUGAGCAGACAAAUGCAGCUAGGUGCACGCAGAUGUGGCCAUUUAUUGUCACGAAGCGAUGCAAAGGAAAAAUAUUUGCUGAAUUAAGAGAGACACUGUCAUGGGAGGAUGCUCUAAAUUUGGCUUCAUUUCUGGGAGAGCAAUUGUGUAACCUUCAUCUUUUACCCUAUCCACCUUUUAACAAGUCAAAUUUCUCAGAGAUUGAACAAGAAAUGGGAUUUACCUGUGCUAAUGGUUCUAUGGAGGAGCUUUCCUACAAAUCAGACAUUCCUGCAGAAUGCAAUAUCUUUAUCAGAACUCUAUCCAAGAAGAAGAAGGACGUCAUAAGCCGCUUGAGAAAUUGGGGAGAUCCAAUUCCAGGAACUCUGAUACAGAAAGUUCAUGAAUAUAUCCCUGAUGAUCUUACAAAAUUGUUGGAACCAUACCAGAACCAAAAUGGCAUGAACUCAAUCUGUAAACCUUGCUCCUGGAUACACUCAGAUGUUAUGGAUGACAAUGUUCACAUGGAACCAAAUUGGGUUAGCCCUUGCUUGAAUGGAAACAGUGCAGAUGCUUGUCUGGUGGAUAGCGGUUCCAAUGGCUACAAAAAUGGCAGGGAUGAUAAAUCAUGGCGUCCAGGCCACAUUAUUGAUUUUAGCAAUCUUUCUAUUGGUGACCGGAUUUAUGACCUGAUACCUGUGUACUUGGAUGUAUUUAGGGGUGAUACCAGUCUGCUUAAGCAAUUUUUAGAAAGUUAUAAACUACCUCUGCUGACAGGCAAGCAUGAAGCAGUAAAGGGCACUGACAAGUUUGCACGGCUUUCAUACCGUGCUAUGUGCUACUGCAUCUUGCAUGAAGAGAAUAUCUUGGGGGCCAUAUUUAGCAUAUGGAAAGAACUCCGAAUGUCACAAUCAUGGGAGGAGGUCGAGCUGACAGUAUGGGGAGAAUUAAAUAACUAUAAGGGCAUCGCUUGAGAGGCUGCUCCUGCUCAGCUAACUUGGAGUAACCGGAACUGGAUAUAUUGAUGAUCUCAAAUAUUUGCAUAAAUCACAGGCACGCCAUUCACUGGCAUCAUAAAACAUUAAAUCGUUAUUUACUUUUAAACUCAUUUCGUAGCUGUUAUAAUCGUUGAUUUAUUUGUACUCUUUUCAAAUGAUACGUUUCACAUGUUCCUCUUAGCUCUUACACACAGAACUUUGAGGCCAGUUGUCUCAUUCACAAAAAUCUGUGUAAUUUUCCCAUAUAUUGGAAACCACAAUCAAAGGAACAGCAGUUAGAACA